AUGUUUCAUAUGAGAGAGCAAAACUGUUACUUAUGUUUAUCUAAGUCAUUUAUUUCUCAUUUUAAGGCUUCUUCCCAUCUGCCACAGCAGCUGAAGUUCACAACAUCCGAUUCCUGUGAUCGGAUUAAGGAUGAGUUUCAGCUUUUGCAAGCACAGUACCACAGUCUGAAGUUGGAGUGUGACAAGCUGGCCAGUGAAAAAUCAGAAAUGCAGCGGCACUAUGUCAUGUAUUAUGAGAUGUCCUAUGGGCUAAAUAUUGAAAUGCACAAACAGGCUGAAAUAGUGAAGAGAUUGAAUGGAAUCUGUGCACAAGUUCUGCCCUAUCUGUCUCAAGAGCAUCAGCAGCAGGUUCUGAGUGCCAUCGAGAGAGCAAAGCAAGUGACAGCUGCAGAACUUAACUCCAUAAUCCGGCAGCAGCUCCAAGCACACCAGCUGUCCCAACUUCAGGCUUUGGCUCUUCCUCUUACACCACUUCCAGUGGGAUUGCAGCCUCCAUCCCUCCCUGCAGUUAGUGCAAGCACCGGGCUGCUGUCACUUUCCAGUGCCCUGGGAUCACAGGCUCACCUCUCCAAGGAUGACAAGAACAACCAUGAUACAGAUGGACACCGUGAUGAGGAUGCCGAGAAGUCUGACUAGGAAACUUUUACAUCCAAGUUGCAGUGUUGCUUUUGUAAUUCUGAAUAAACCUGUCAAGGCACUCUGGCUGUCCAGUGCUUGGUAGAGGAUGCAUGCAGUAGUCUCAGGAGAGGCCCCUUUGGCUUCAAGAAUUGAGCUUGGUGGUAGCAGAGACACAUCACAAAUCAAAUGAUCAGAAGAUAUCUGAAACAUGCUAUCCUAAAGAAGUAUGGCUGCUAUUUUUUUUUUCAGGAGUGUUCCUUCUUAGUUUUGUUGGCUUGUCAGGCAGUGAUGUAUGGAUCCAUUCCUGUAAGGCUGACAGAUUUGUAUCCAUUGAUCAUACUGAACUGUAGAUUCCAUGUUGUAUACCUGCAGGUGUAUUGCACAAGUUAUCAUCAGAUGUUUUUCUUGGAUUUUUAAGUAAUGAACCAUAUACUGUAUGAUGAACCAAGAUCCUUGUGUGAAGCCUGUUCUUUCGGUACGUGUACUGCAACCAUGCAGCAGGCCCCAUCUUUGAAUACUUGACCCAAGCAUUUUUCCAUUAGCACUAUAUCUGCCUUUUUUUGUUUGGGGGGGGGGGGGCUUAAAAGAAGACCUUUGUUUUUGUUUUUUGUUUUUUUUUUCCUCUAACAGUUUCCAUCUAAUCUUGUUGAUCCCUGAACUGUUUCACUCACCUAAACUUUUGCCAUUCUGGCAGUGCUCCAGCAUUCCCCAUCACUGUUUUUUUUCCCCUUUUUGGAUGCAUUCCUUGAUCCAUUUUCCACUGCCUCUCCAUCUCAACCCUUUGCAGUGCUUUGCUCAGAUCAGGCACUGCCCUUUGUACGUGACAAUUUUUUUUUUUAAAGCUGCUGCUUGUAUCCCAGCUAUUCUAGUCCCUUCAUUUUGCUAGUACUCUAUUGCAUGCUUUGACAGCCUGAUAUCCCUUUUUCUGAAUAGCCAUCAGAAUUGUACAUAGUGCUUCAAACAUAUAUAAAUAGACUUACCAUUACACUGCACAUUGAGAUGAGGACCCAUCUUUAUGUCCUUCUGUCUCAAGCACACUUGAUCUCCUCCGUCACACACCACCCAUUCAGCUGCCUCCUCUCACAGUGUCAGGAGCCCCUCCAUAUUUAUUUUGGUUUGAAUUGUCUCCUUUCGUCACCUGUAACCUGUUCUUGUUUAGAGCCACCUCUUUCCUAACAACAGCCUGUGUAUACAAGCAAUGUAUUUAUUGUAUGCCAGUCAUGAUCUGUAACCCCUGUGACACUGUGUAUAGCUGGAACAAAAUGACAUAGUGCAGGUUUGCAUGGUUUAUCCGUGGCCUGUAGUCAGCGAAGAAAUACAGACCCCCCCUUCCCCCCUUGUUGCAUAUUUACAUUACAAUACUGGUUACUAUUAUGACGAUCUGUGAGCAGAGGGCCAGAAGCCCAGUUCAGCAUGUCUGCUUGGUAAAAUUCAAUAAAUAAACCUUCUUUGCAUGGGAAUUGAAAAGCACAGUGUACAAUGCCUUGCAGUUAUUCUUCUGACAGCAUGUCCCUUUCUUAAUUUAAAUUUCCCCCAAGGAAAGAAAGGCUUUCUUGGUUUGUGCCAUCUGCAUCCCAAACUUAAGUAAUUUGCUUGCUGGAAGAUUUAACUUUUUUGUAGUCAUGGUCAAACACUGACAUUAUGUUCCAAAUCAUUUUAUCCAGCUGUAUAAAUGAAAUUGUGAUGUUUCAGUAGUUUUCUGUGCAUCUUUCUCAGCCACCUCAGCAGUUCAAUUUUUUAUUUCGGCAGUCAUAAUAUCGUCUGUAAGUAUUAAAUACAUGAUGUCAAUUGGUAUAGAAUAGGCAAAACAUUAUAAAUAUCAAAACCUCCUAGUUUCUGUACCUUGAGAAACACAAAUCAAUGAGAUUGAAAUGCCUGUUAACAUCCUCUUCAGCACAAUAUUUAUUCUUUCAUUUCCCUACUGUGUAUAUGCUGCAUAAUUUGUAGUUAACAGUAGUCAUAAGCACAAUACUGAGGUCUAUAUAGAUCUAUCACUGUCAUUCAGAGACUGACUACAGUGGCCAUAGGUAUAUUGAAUCAGUGCAUUUGUUGCAUACUUUACCUGGUUUGAGUCAUGUGUCAUGCCCAAUUUUCAUCUGUGCACUCAGCCCUCAUUAUGCUUGGCAUUGCACUUGCAUCUAAUUGACAUCUAUAUUUGUUCAUCAAGU